AUGGACGCCAAGAUGGCCUCCAACGGAUCCGCCAUUGAUAGCGUCGGUUGUCUACUGACGGGGGCACUAAAAGUGAGUGGCAAAGAGCGGGGAGGGGUGCCUUAG